UAACACAACGUCACRUCCACAGAACGUGACUCUUCGAUGAAUCGUUCAAUACUCAAACCGAACAUAAAAAACAAUGGGAGCAAACUGCGCUAAAUAUUGUAUAUGCUAUUGCUUGAAGUUCAUAGAAUGUCCAGGGUUCUGUCGUUGUCCCGAAAUAAUACGYUCAAGUUGUGGAGAAUUCUGUCAAUGUGGAGACUGUUGUGAUAUCGUCGACGACGACAUGGAAGCCGUGCUGCAGGAAAGACCRCGUCCGAAGUUUGGAGAAGCGAGUUUUACGUACGAUGAUGGAGAUAUUUAUCAUGGUCAGUGGAAGAAUGGACUAAGGCAUGGGAAAGGAGAGUUGAUAAAAUCCGAUAAAACGAGACUCAAAGGUUAUUUCCACAAUGACGAGUUCAUUGGCGAAAAACCUUCCCAAGAAACAGCACCAGAACAAGACGAGCCAACGAACCUAUCGGAUGUUCUUGUCUAACAAUAGCUCUAUAUAAUGUUGAAAUUCAACAGGACCACUUUAGCUUAGAUUACCAUAGUGGUAUAACAUUUACUAAAUAGAGUUUAGUUUAUUAAAGCUUUAUACGAUUURUAAUAAUAUAAUACAUAUAGUUUUUAUUUCAUUUGGUAAACAAAUUCAUUUUGAAUACUGGUUUUAUACGAAUUGAUAUUGUAUGAACCAACCUCUGGGCUCACGGAUCUAAGUCAAGGUAUGGCUAACAACUCACAGAUCGAACCCUGAAACAAGCUCUGGGACGAUCUAAGUCUGGACACAGCUAUCUCACAGAUCGAACCUUGAAACAACUUCUGGUCUGAUCUAAGUCUGGGCAAGGAUAACAGAUCGAGCCCGGAAACAAAAGAAGUGUGCUAACACAAGACGAUACGUACAGUACUAAAUUUGAGCAUGAUGUGCUAGCAAAGCGUGUUAAAAAUAUCAUAUAAGCAAAACUGUUAAAUUAAAUCAAAAGUAAAAUAGAGUAAAACAAUGUUCCAAGCACUGAU